GUACCCCCACUCCAUUCGAUUCUCACCUUUACUCGUUGUCCCCACCACUCACAUGGGUAAUCCCUUUCUGAUGGCCAGGUUGGAACCUGUGGCUCUAUUGGAAUGUGCCUGCCUUUCUUAGUAUACUACGAGAAACUGCGACUUUGCUGCCAUCUGUUAUAGUUAUGCAAAAGCUCCAUACAAAGUCAUGGGAAGGACGAUUCUCAUGAAUCUCAUGUGUUGUUAGUACCUGAAGCAUGAUAGAAUUGCAGGAUCUUUGGGAAUAACUUUCCCACGAACUGUAAAUAAAUUAGAAGGCAAUGGCGAGUUUCGCUAAAAAUCAGUUGCUGAAGUACGGCUGGACGGAAGGCAAAGGUCUUGGUAAAAACGAGAAUGGCAUAGUUGAUGCACUGAAACCCAAAUUGAAGUUCGACACAACUGGAAUUGGUCAUGAUGGUACUGAGUACAACUGGUGGGAGCAUGUGUACAAUGAAGCCUCAGGCAAUUUGGAAGUGAACUCAGAUUCUAAGGAAGUAAAUCUAGCAGUUAAAAAAAAAGAUGCUGUGAAAAUAACAACAAAUAAGUGGGAUCUCACCUCGAGUGCAACAAAAAAGGAUAAUCUUCAUUUUGGAAGUUUUAUUAAAACAGCAACCCUUCAUGAUGGAACGAGCACCGAGGACGAAGAAUACUCGAAAAAUAUAGUCCAGAUGACGGAAAAAAGUCAAAUGCUGUCGCUUUUAACGGAUGAUGAAAUAUUUAAGGCCUGCGGAGGGAGAACUGCCCACAAAGGUGCCAGACACGGACUAAAAUUAUCUGGAAAGCUCGCGAGAAUUGAAAGACAAGAACAAGAGCUUCUUGCCAAACUUAAUCAACCGUCAACGUCUUCCGAUUGGGUAACUGUUGAAGUAAAACGAAAAAAAAAGAGGAAACAUGAGACAAUGGAUUGUGAAGUUUUAGCUCAGGAUGAUGAGGGGGCACUAGCAAUCAGAUUGGAAUCUGAAGAGUCGCCGAAAGACUUCAUAAGUGAGGAUGUAUCGAAUUCUCCAAAAUUGAAAUCCAAGAAAUCCAGAUUGAAAGAGAAGAGAAAACUUGAAGAUUUGACGCACAAAAUGUUAUCCUCGCUCGAUAUAUCCGAAGAUUCGGGAAUGCCUGAAGUGAAAAAACGGCGGAAGAAGCACAAAAAAUGUGAACGAGAGGGUGAGGAGCCUCAGGAUAAACGUAAAAAGAAAACAUUACCAGAAGAAGAGGUAGGAGAUAACAAUAAUAUGCUUCAACCUUUGGUUGAGGAUUUCGCUGUUGCGAUCGAAGAUCCUGGAUGUAACGAUGACGGAUUCGUUUCUGGCGAUGAUUUACUGCUGCCUUCGGAGAAAACUUCCAAAGAAGCCAAGCGAUUGAAUCAUAAAAUAAAGAAAAAGAAAAGAAAGAAAAUCGAACGGAUGGAGACGAAGAAAUUAGAGAAAUUAUCUGAAACCCUGAAGACCCUUGACUUAACUUCCAGUGCUGUUGUUGCUAGCACAGACAAAAUCAAGAAAAAGAAGAUGAAAAACAAAUCUUGAGCUUAGGAAAAGAGAUUCGUAUCGAGUUGCAGAAGCAUUUAAUUAACAGAGCACUUUUUAAAAGAUUUUGAUACACGAGUAAUUUUAUAAUAUCACGAAUGUACAUAAUCCAAUAAAUUCAGUUCAAAUUCAAAUAAAAGAA